AUGGGCUUCUUGGACAUCCGGGCGCCGACGUCGUUUCGGCUCUCGUUGGGCGAUGCCUGGGACCCUGCAUCGAUGACCACUGGGCCUUCGCCCUUUGUCAUUUUCCAGAAGCAGCCGCAGGAGACCCACCCCUCCAUCGGCAACCUGGUGCUCCUUGUGGUCGGCGCCGUCCUCCAGGUCGUCUGCGUUAGCUUGCCCGGUUACAUCAUCGCGCGCCUGGGCCACUUUGACGCCGAGAAGCAGAAGUUCCUCGCCAACCUCAAUGUCAUGCUAUUCACGCCAUGCCUAAUCUUCACCAAACUCGCCUCGCAGUUGAAUGCCGAUAAGCUCAUCGAACUCGGCGUUAUCCCCAUCAUCUUCGUCAUCCAGACCUUUGUCUCGUACAUCGUCUCGAGGGUCGUGGCGAAAUGCUUCGGCUUCAACCGACGGGCCUCCAACUUCGUGACGGCCAUGGGCGUGUUCGGCAACUCCAAUUCGCUCCCCAUCUCCCUUGUCAUUUCGUUGUCGCAGACAUUGAAGGGGCUGCACUGGGAUAAAAUACCGGGCGACAACGACGAUGAAGUGGCUGCGCGGGGCAUUCUCUACCUGCUGCUCUUCCAGCAGCUCGGUCAGCUGGUCAGAUGGAGUUGGGGUUACCACGUCUUGUUGGCACCGAAAUCCAAGUAUGAAGAGUACAACGACGAGGCCAUCGAGGAGGGCCGCCAUCGCGACGAAGAGGUGGAGGAUGCAGACGAAACGCAGGGGCUGAUUGAAGGCAUUGACAUACUCCACGAAACCGAGACGCACGAGCACGAGCACGAGCACCAUCGGUCUUCGAGUCCCACACGCACGGACGAUUCAUCGGCCCGUUACGAACCAGCCGGAAGGACGCCUGUCGGGGGUUCCUCGGGCGCGUCGCCCAACGACUCAGAGGAUGAGGAGCAGCAUGACGGGGUAUGGAAGGCGAAUGGAAAGCCGUCCGCGGACGAACUUGGAUUGCACAGCCAGCUCGAAGGCCACGAAGAUUUGGACAGGAUGCUCUCUUUUCCUCGCAUCAACAAAGCCGACGCGUUGGAAGCGAGGCCGGGCAUCAAAGGCGUCCCCGUGAGGUUGCGACGCUUCAUCCGACGGUGGGAGCUCAAGAUCUGGGACUCCCUCCGCGCCGCCGGCCGGCGUGCGUACAACUCCCUCCCGCGCCCCAUCCAGGCCACCCUCACGACGCUGUACCGCGCGUGCCAGCGCGUCUACCGAUUCCUCUGGGACUUCAUGAACCCGCCACUCUGGGCGAUGCUCAUCGCCGUCUUUGUCGCCUCCGUCCCCGACUUGCAAGCCCUCUUCUUCCGCGAAGGGUCCUUCAUCAAGACGUCCGUCACGAGCGCCAUUAGCUCCUCGGCCGGAGUCGCGGUCCCCCUGAUCCUCGUCGUCCUCGGCGCCAACUUGGCACGCAACACGCAGGUCAGCGAUGACGAGACGGACCCGGAGGAGAAGCAGAUCGGCACGCGCCUGUUGGUGGCCAGCCUUAUCAGCCGCAUGCUGCUGCCGACGCUCAUCAUGGCUCCCAUCUUGGCCCUGUUCGCCAAGUACGUGCCCGUCAGCAUCCUCGACGACCCCAUCUUUGUCAUUGUCUGCUUCCUGCUCACGGGCGCCCCGAGCGCCCUGCAGCUGGCGCAGAUCUGCCAGAUCAACAACGUCUACGAGACCAUCAUGGGGAAGAUUCUUUUCCAGAGCUAUGUUGUCUGGAUCAUUCCGUCGACGCUGAUUCUCGUAAUGUGCGCGUUGGAGGUGGUUGAAUGGGCUAAGUGA